GUAAUACAUCAGAUUAUUUCACGAUUAUUCGCCGAAUUCGAAGGUGAACAAUUGCCGUAAUAUAAUUGCUCCGGUACUUUCGAAUUCUGUUGUAAAUUCAUUCUGCUGUCGAAACUGUUCUGUAAAUAAAAAAAAAACUUUUCGUGUCUUUCAUUAAAAUUAUUUUGAUUACUUCUAUCAAGAAUGGCAGCCAGUUACCACUAGAAUUUAUUGUGCGACUUCUCGAGCAACUCUUGCGCUUGUCGCAUGCUCUCCAAAUUUCCUAUCACUCAUCCAUCCAUAACUCGAUAUAUAAUCACGCUUACAAUGAACCGAUUCUUAAUUUAACGGUUAUGGUAUCGUCUACGAGGGAAUCCUCGAACAAUCAGAGCGCGCACACCUUUAUAAUCACCAGAGCAGUUGUACUAACACAAAUUAAACCAACAAUCGUUCUCCAAUAUGAGAUGGGGUUAAGUCUCAAGAUGACUGAAGGUAAAAUGCCAGUCAGUGGCAUAUGAGGUGAGGCAAAAUUGACAGCAGACACCGAAAAUGCCUGGGACCGAAUUCUUGCUGGGGUACUCUAAAAUGCGUGGUUACCAAGCCGUCGCCAUUACGUAACGACGGAACAUUUCCUCGUGAAAUCGAAUAGCACCGGAGCAGCAGAACUGUAGAAGAAUGUCUGAAGAAAAGGAUUCAACUAAAGCUGAAUAUUGGACCGAUCGUUGGAAGGAAGGGAAUACUGGCUGGCAUCGGCAAGAAGUAAACGCAUAUCUAAUUAAGUAUGUUGACGAGCUCACUGGUGGAAGAGCGAAAGUGCGUGUAUUCGUGCCUCUCUGCGGCAAGUCAGUCGAUAUGUUGUGGUUAGCCGAGCAAGGACACGCUGUAAUAGGGGUAGAGGUUGCUAAAAAAGCAAUAGAAAAUUUUUUCUUAGAAAAUAAUCUGAGUUUCACCGUGGAAAUCGUUAAAAUGGCCGCGGAAAGCGAACCUGUGGACAAGUACAAGUGCAACGAAAAGGAUAUCACAAUCUUUUGCUGUAAUCUGUUCAGUGUUACGGAAGAUGAUGUCGGUGGCAGAUUUGACGCUAUUUGGGACCGCGGAUCUUUGUCUGCUGUUGCUCCUGCAUUCAACGAUAAUGGCAAACGAUACACGAAAAAGAUGCGUUCACUUCUCGCAAGCGAUGGAAACUAUAUGUUAGAAAGCCAUUACUAUGAAGUUGACCGAGGAACAAGGCCACCAGCCUGCAUAUCUGAAGAGCUUAGGAAUGAAAUUUAUGGAGAAGAUUUUAUCAUCAGAGAGCUGGAAGUAAAUAGGCUGGAAGAGGAUCCUAACAGGAGCUUAUCUUUCGCUUUAGAUCUGCACUAUCAUUUAUUCAAACCAAAGGAAAGCUAAUGAAGGCAUCCGAAUGCAGUACCCUAGACUAAUUAGCCCAACUGAUGCUGAUUGCAAGGGAAUGCACGAUUUUUUCUACCUGAGAAACUUUAGAACCUAGGUGAUUCUAUCACAGCUUGUAUACAAUUGAUUCCGACUCGAUUUGGUUGUUGUUUGUUUUUCCUUUUUUAAGACAUUUCAUAUUUAGUGCAGAAGUCAACAGCAGAGUAAAGUGAGGUCUCAUUUAUAAGAUGAAUGUACUAUUUGAACAAUGCAAGGACAGUGAAAAUCUGGUUUUUGGCGAGUGAUA